AUGUCGUCCAUAAGAGGCACAAAUGGCCUCGUGGCGCACCGCUUUCGCGGUCGCUAUUAUACAGAAAUGACUCGCUUCGAGAGUGAUCUCAACAUCCUCGGCAUGCGCGUCAUUAGAGAUAUACCUUGCCAUCCAGAGAAAUACAAAGAAUGGCUCAAGGAUACGCGCGACCGCUAUGCAAGGAUGGAAGAAGAGCAGGACGCCGGCAUCCUGACCAUGAGCGCCGCGGAGGCGCCGCCGCGGGGCCUGCCCUGGCCCGCGCGGCACGAGACGCUGGCGAUUCUGCGGCCGGACGCGCGCGUGUUUAGCAUAGUCGUCUUUGUCAAUCUGGACGCAGAGGUGCUCACGAUGCAGUACGGCGCGCACUUUAACCUGGCGAGCUUUCCGCACAGGGGCGCGCAGUGGCGCGGCGCAAUUAGGCCUAGCAUGUACAACGGAUAUCCGACGCUGUCGCUGGAUUUCUGCGGCAGGGACCAGAUGGCCGAGCCGGCGAAGAAGCGACGAACGCUGGAAGCGCUGGUGCAAGGACACGGUACCGUCCGUGUGGUGCCGAAGAGGACGCUGUACAGUGGACGUGACGUCUUUCUUGCUCAUGCGCUGGCCAAAAUUUAUCGGACGUAUCAUAGGGCCAUUACUCGGUUUGGACUUGAGUGGGACCGCGAUUCCUUUGUCUUGCGGGAGUUUGUGUUUGCCAUUCUAUCUAUAGCGUCGGGCGAAGCACAAUUCAGCUCGGCAGUGUGCUGUCGUGAAUACUGUUUUGCCAGGGAAGAGGACCACUGCAACGGGGUCCAUCUCAACUGGCAACGACCAUGCUUUGAGGGCGGAGACCUGGGGGCUCUGGAGCCUUGCGCUACAUUUGGUUCGUUCUUUCACCGCAAAGGGGAAGUGGCUGGUGCGGCGCCGGCUGGACAUGUCUACUGGAUGAAGGGAGUCGUCAUCAACAUUUCGACUGUCGUUGAUGGGGCUGCGAUACAAGAAGCAAUCGACUGGGGCUGGGCGCAGGGGAAGCAAGAGUUUCAAAUCAUUGCCAUGUCCGUCUUUGACAUUGCCUUUGCGGAUGUCUACGUCGGCAGCGACAAGCACAGAGUCGUCCGGUUCAGCGAUGCGCUCAACCUCUCGCCCCUGCGAUCAGAGGAGUGCAUGUCGCUGCAUCCUCUCACACGACCUCCCUGGAGCGCGGACGCUGGCAUGGACUUGACGCCCGGUGCGAGGAUCGUCAGCUGCAACUCGUUCGGAACGGCGGCGAGGCUGGAGAAGCAUUACGGCGGCCUGGCAGCGCUGGUCAACUUUUUCAAAGUGGCGACUGUGCGCGGUGUCCCCCCGCAGAAUAGCAGCGCGCUGCCCACGGAGAUUCUGGCGCGCAUCAUGAGCUACGCCGACAAUGAGACGCAGAGGACUUGCAUGCAGCUGUCGCAAAGUCUUUGCGUUCUUGGAUUCAGCGACUUCAGGAUAGACGAGGAGUGGAGCAUUGCGGCACGGCCCGAGUCAGUGAGGAAACAAGGAGCAAACAAUCGCGAGAGAGGACUUCUUGCUUUGUCCCUUGCACACAAUGCGACAGACGAGGUUGCCGCUGCGGUGCAGGUCAUGUCAGCCAAUGGAUGGGGACGAUGGACUUGGGUGCCUGUGGUUGGAAGCGGAGAGCGUCGAGUCUUGAUGACGGACGUUGCGUUGGUGUUUGCCCCAGCGCAGGGUUGUGAACUGGAUGAGGACGCCGCGGAUGGCGACGUCAGCCAUCUGGAAUGCGACGAUGAUUCCAACUACUGA